AUGGCAACGACUACCAUAAGUAAUCAUCCAGUGACUCAAUAUCUAGAUAAUGUGCCAUUACCACCGGCUGCCUAUGCUUUCUCAUAUCCACAACUACAAAAACAACGCGUUUUUUUCGAACACUUUGCCUGUUCUUCCAUUCACGUACAGCCUUAUGAUACAUUGGAUUUAUAUAAAAUGGCGAUUAUUGUUGUUCUACUGGAUGAUUAUUCGAUUAUAUUACGUUAUAUCAUCGAAACAUUGUUCAUUAUUCACGGUGAAACGAAAUUGAAUAUGAUUUGUCCAAUUGAUAGUGGUGCUGAACAACGCUAUGGUCAUCCGUAUGAUCUUGUUUGGUGUGCUGAUUUGAAUCGUCCAUCGAUGUGA